AAAGCGCGAUGUUUCAUAUGCAGCUGCACCUUACAUUUAAACAUCAGAAAAUAUAAAAUUAUUCAGGAAUAAUUGAAUAUUGAGUAUAUUUUUAAUAAAUUUUAAUUCUCCGGACAAUACGAAUAAAUUACGUGUAUCCAUUUUAUUCUUCAGGUCCAUUUAUCUUACACGAAUAAAUAUUGUAUGAUAGUUACAAUAUGAUAUGCAUAUGCGAAUAAUAUAGUCGGCGACUAAUUUUAAUUAACGUGCCAGAUUUAAAUUUAGCUUGAGGUAAACUGCCAAAAUUAAGCGUUGCUAAUACCUAAGAGGCCAUAGCGUUACAAAACAAACAAGACAUUGAGUCGCGAGCAACAGCGAUUAGGUACUCGUUUAAAAACUCUCGGAAUGUAUAUUCGCCGUUGUGCCAUGCGGCACGUCCGACGUUGGUAAACACGUGUUUUUAUAGCCAUAAGAGUAGUAAACUACAUAGCGUAGUGAACGUUUACGCGAUUUCCGGUUUCGUAUUCAGAACGUCAAAAUACGGGGUCGCGAAAGUAUCUACAAUUUAGGAUGCAUGCUUUUUAUAAUUUGUAGAUAAACAGAAUCAUUUCGACGAUAUCUAUCUCGACCAGAACGAAUAACAAGCAAUGAAUAAUCUAAUCACGACUAAUCGUUCGUCAUGAGCACCGAGAUGUGGCUCCAUUCCAUCUUUGCGCGGUGAUUGGCGUAGAUUUCUGUCAUUCUAUAUGCUGUAGCCUAGGUGUUAAACGUGCCAAAGUUAGUAGAUCAGCGAUUCAGGCAGUUUUCGUCUGCGAAGUGGAGUUAUAACACCGUAUACAUAGACGAGGAAACACAUGCAGCCCAAAGUGCAGUUUGACCCGUUUGACCCGUAUGAAUUUUGACGUAUACUUUAAAAGAUGUUGAACGCUUUGGGUCCGGUGAAAUUUAUCUAGUUUUUCAGUUUACGAGAAUUAUAAUUCUCCGGAUAGGUAUAAAUUUACACGUUACAAUCGGUUCUAUAAUGCCCGCAAGUCGUUUGGAUGCGGUGUACAGGAGUCUUUUGCUCACAAAAUUUUUCACCAAGGGCUGGGGAAAACCGGAAAAUUUGAGGAGGAUAUUUGAGUUUCGUAAAAUUGUUGCAAAUCGAGAAGCUUGCUACAAUCUUAUACCCACCAAUUAUCCCGUAACGAUAACGAAGGAUGAAGAAUGGUCAGACUGUCACAUUUUGGAGGGCUCAUUUCAGUCGCCUUUUGACCAAAAUCUGCCAGGCCUCAUGCCGGAAGAGACGCGAACUGCUUACUUCCAGGUUGUUUUGCCACGCAAGUGGGAAUCCCAGCGAGUCAAACCCAUUUGCUUGCAUUUGGCCGGAACAGGGGAUCACUUCUAUUGGCGCCGUCGAAAUCUGAUUGCUCGCCCUCUGCUCAAGGAAGCUGGGAUCGGGGCUAUUCUACUUGAAAAUCCAUUCUACGGUCUCAGAAAGCCCAAGGAUCAGAUACGUUCGAGCUUGCAUAAUGUCUCAGACAUUUUUGUAAUGGGUGGUUGUUUAAUAAUGGAAUCUAUAGUUCUGUUAAACUGGUGCGAACAGCAAGGCUUUGGACCAUUAGGGCUUACCGGACUAUCAAUGGGUGGUCACAUGGCCUCUCUAGCAGCAACAAAUUGGCCGAAGCCAAUUCCUCUGGUUCCCUGCCUUUCAUGGUCUACCGCAUCACCUGUUUUCACUGAAGGAGUCAUGAGCGCAUCCAUUAAUUGGCACCUCCUUGAGUCCCAGUACUUUGCAGACGAAGUCUACCAGAACGAUUUAGCAAAAAUGGUCAAGGUCGUCACACAGGACGACGCCUUCUUGGCGGGACAACACUUCGCGAAACAUUAUCCAGAGAGUAUGAACAGGAUGAACAAAUUGAAGAAGGAGUCAAUUGACUCCGAUCGAGUCGUAACUGCCGAUUCGAAAUCAGAACAAAAGAUGUCAGGUGAUAAGCUGUCACGAGGAGCACACAGUCUCACCGACGUUCAAAACAACAAAAACAGUACUGACCUCAGUAUCGACAAUAAUAAUGAUCAUUUUAAAGAUAAUACAGACAAUAGUAAAGAUAAGACUAAAGAUACUGUUGUCGACCAGGCAAGAAUCGAUAUGGAGAAAGCGGAUGCAUUAGUGUUUCCCUUUAACCUUAUUACUAGCAAAUUGAAACUCACUGACAAUGAUGUUUUGAAAGGAGUGUGCGCGUUACCCGUCACAAAACAUCCCCUACUUUCAGACAGCAAGUGGAGGGAACGAGAAGCCUUGCAGUUCAUGCGUGGCGUGAUGGACGAAUGUACUCAUCUCAAGAAUUUUGAGGUUCCAGUUGAUACGGAACUUAUAAUCUCGGUAUGUGCUCGAGAUGAUGCAUAUGUGCCUCGAGAAGGCUGUAUGGGCCUUGAACAAAUCUGGCCAGGAGCCGAAAUACGGUUCAUUGAUGCUGGUCACGUUUCAGCAUAUCUUCUUCACCAGAAACUAUUCAGGUCAACAAUCGUCGAGGCGUUCACAAGAUACAUGAAAAAAUAUCCAGUAAACAAUAGCUGACAAGAGUCAUAUGAGUAAAAGAGGAACGCAGCCUACUCAGUGGUUCUGCGCUUCAUUCUCAUGUGCCCCAUUAAUUAGAUUUAGUUAAUUGUUUAAAUAUAGAGGUUUCGAAGCUUCGACAUGCCUCAUGAUUACAAUUUAUCAAUCGUUGACAUCAUAGCAAUAAAUUCUUGUUGUUUAAUUCCGAAUGUUUGUCAGCUUAUGAAAUUCACUAAGCAAUGAUAUAAUAUGUCCAAAUGAAUUGUCUAACAAUUUAUUCUGUAAAUAAGAAUCGUCUGAACGCAUUGAUAAUAAUGUAUUAUAAUCCAUUUGGAAGUUUGAGAGUCUGACUAGUGAUUUUAAACAGAAAAUACUUGCACUUGUUUUAGCUGUUGUGUUGUAUAUAAUACACAAAGCAAGAGGUUAUUAUCGUCUUCUCAUAUUUAACGAUCUCUGUAACACAUGUAUACAGAUACUGUACAAUAUUUAUACACAAUUUACAGAAUUGCAAACACAUAUACAUAUUUUUCUAUAAAAUCGUUGUACAAUUUAUCGGUCUAUACAAUACAUGUAUUAUAUAUUAUAAAAUA